GAACGUUAAGCGAGACGCAUUCCUUCCUCGCGUUCCGCCGAUGCUGGAACUACCAUUUGCUCCUCUGCGUCCCCAUGUACCCUCCGCACCCUACUCUCUCACGAUCAUCGUCCUAGCAUCAGUUUCACAGUAGUUGGCUCGUAACGGUCGCAUUCUGCCGCCGACCAGUCCCCAUCAUCGACAAUCCGUCUGAUCGUCUUCCUACAGCAGGUCAAGCUGUUCUUGCCUCUCUUGGCGCUCCGCGUCUACCUACUUUCCCUCGCUCCGACGACUCUUUGUCUCUUUUGCUCGACCGUAUUUCUCCCCACUUACUCAUUCACUUGCCUCCGUCUGUUCGCGCGUUUUCCCGGGUCUUAUCCGCACGCCCGUGAACGAUAAGAGCGACAGUGUCAGGGUCAGUGCGAGUGGGGCAUCGCGGCGGCGUGCAGGGACGGACGUUGGAGUCGUUUAGUACGGUGCAGUGUGGGUGAAGGGCUUGUUCUCCGUUGUAUCUCCGUUGUCCCGUCUGGUCAUCGGUCUCCUCCGACAAACAUGUCCCUCAUUGCAGACUGCUUUCGCCGUCUGACGGAUAUGUCCUCCAAGAGCGAGCUCAAAGGCUACAAAGUGACGGAUGUGAACCGUACUCGAAAAUUCGGUGUUGCCUGUCGCAAUUUUCAGGACCUGAAACGAAAAGCAUGCUCAAAAUUAAAUGUAACUAACGAUCCGGCGGAGGUAAAUGUCUUUCUGCUGGAUGGGUCAUUGAUCGAUGAGGAGUAUUUUCAUACAUUGGAGCCACAGACCACUUUGAUAUUACAAAAGCCAGGAGACAAAGUGUUGACCGAUGCAGACAUUCUUUACGAUGCACUGAGACGCGUGAAUAUCGAUUUCCUCAUCGCUGGCGAAAGGGUGGCACAAUUCCUGACGGAAAAUCUGAAAGCCAAAGUCUCCGUGUUGAACAACGUGUUGAACAAAGACGACUCCAAGACGGCACUUAGCACGAGGGAAGAGCAUCCAGAGUGGUUUGAAGACCUGGAGACUAAUUACACGAGCAAGGAAGCAUUCAUGCAUCGCAGAUGUCAGGACAGGAUACGCACUUUUCUCUAUAAAACAAUUGAACAGAUCAAAUGCUCGGACGUGUAUAUAAACGAUCAAAAGGCGAGACAGCAACUCCUACGUACAAUAGCGUUCUUCAAGCUUCAGAUUAAAGAGGAUCACUACUUCGGGUAUUACUUUGACAGGAGCAGAGCGGAGACUGAUUCUAAGGAUGAUGUUGACGAGACCGAUUCAAGUCAAUGUUACGAGCAUUGUCCGUGUAGGCUUGGACGUAUCGACGACGAAAGAUAUCUGCAAUUAUCAUCCAUCGAAAAUAUGCAACCAGAUACAAACACGACUGCCGAUCCAGCUAAGAUCGAUGAGACAGACGCGCGGAAGCUCACGGAAUGUGAGAAAAUUGCGAAGAAAGUGGCGGGCGAUGAAACGGAAAGCUGUCCUUAUCGGGUGAAAUCGCGAGGAAGGCAUGAACAAAUCGCCAUUUGCGAUAAGAAGGGCGAAUUUAGGUGCGAGGGAAGAUGGAAUAUGGACGGCUGUGCCUACGGCGAUAGGCACAAAAUCAAUCCGUACAGAUCUAAAGAAGAACUCGCCUUAUUUUCUACGUGGAAUUUGGAUCACAAAAUCGAGAGAUCGAGGACGCUCAUUCCUAGGUUGCUGCAGAUCUCGCUACAGGACACGAUCAAUGAACAGGACAUCUACGACUGUUACGACAAUCUGUUCACUAUAAAGAAUUUGAGAUUAGUUCAUAUCGUAUGCCACGAUAAAGGGUCGCACAAAUAAACAGCAAAUCUAGAUAAAACCGUGAUGGUUAAAAUGUAAUCGUAACUGGAAAUGUCCAGAUACGUAAUAUGUGUGUAGAGCGAUUUUCUCAUAUGCAAAGAUCUUAAUAAUUAAGUAUAUUUAAUACGUUUAAACGCUGUUAAUAGAACAUAGAUUUAGUGAUUGUUAAUGUUACAUUAUCGAGUACGUUUCCAUUGCGGCACGAGAAAUAUUAAGCAAUAUCAAAUUUUAAGAUUUAAUAUAACCAGAAACUUAUUAUAUUUGUUUCUAAGAAUUGUUUCUUAUACAAAUUCGAGAUUGACGCAUUGAUUGCGAGCUUAAAACGUAUUUUGUGGUAUUUUCACACAAUGAAAAUGUUCGGAGCUGAAUAGAAUAGAAGAAUCUAUUACGAAUACAGGGUUAAAUCGCACGCAAUGGAAAAAUGUUAUUCAUUCCAUAAAUAUUAGCGAAAAAAAUAUCUGUUGUCUCAGAUACAUCGUUAGAUAUUGACGAUGGGAAUGUUCGAUGCUCGUAAAUAAAAUCAAAUUAACUUGAUCUGUUCUGCUCUAAUUCUGAAAAAGAGCUACGGCUCAUGUAUGCUGAAGAAGUGCAAGGCAAAAUAUCUUUCAGACAUAUUUUUAUUCUUGUGACUGCUCUUUAGAGAUGAAACUCUUUAAGAGAUGAAACAAAGUUCUGAUAUAUACAUAUACAUAUACAUACAAACAUAUAUCUAUCAUGUUUAGACGAAGACACGUGUAUAUACGAUAUUAUUCUAAUAUAUAGGACGUAUAUAUACAGGACGUAUCAACUUUUUCGCAAAUCCAUUCACAUUUAUCAGUAUUUUUACUAAUUUAAAAUAUAUCUUUUUAAUGAAAAUUAUUUCCUAAUGUGUGCUCAAAGAUGCUGUUUUUAAAUUUUUCGAUGUUUUAUAAGGCAAAUUAAAAUCUUAUCAAAGUUAAUGGAAAAAUUAAACAAAGGUGGUGUUGUAUAAUGUUGUAAUGAUAUAUUGUAUGAAAGAUAUAUAAAGAUGUAUAAUGUUUUAAUGAAAAGACUAACUAGGAUUAUACAAUAUAAAUUUUUAUAUAAUUUUAUAAAAAAACUCUAUUUGCUUCUUUUCUUUAUAGGCGCGAAUAUUAAUUCUUUUUUAUAUUUUCUUGUAUACAAUUUCCAAUUAUUAAUAUAUUGUUAAACUUUAUAUAAACAUUGUUUCUGCAUAAUUGAAUAUAAUCUGAAAUAAAUAUUUACACAACUAGCAAAUUGGAAAAUAAAUAUUUUAUAAAAGAAUAUGUAAAUUGAUACACAAUAUCCAAUUUUGGAUAUGGAAUUGGAUAUGUAAAUUGGAUAUUAUAUGUAUUGGAUAUUAUGUUUUUGUUCUAUACAUUUUUCAUUGCUUUUAGUGACAAAGAAUUUAUAAACGAUUUGAGUGAUAUAUCAUGUUCAAUAAAUUUGUAAUGAUUUGACAUGAUUUAUCAAAGUUUUAUGAGUUAUGCGAUAUCUAUAUCAAUAGAAAUUAAUAUUAUUUGGAAAACAAUAAUCGUCAUUAAAAUUAGGUGUCCAACUAUGUAUAUCAAAGAUUAUAUGUUACAUUAUAAAGAAAGAAUUUAUAAUUGCGUUUCUCCGAAACAGAAAUAUUUUACGAGGAAGGUUAUCGUUUCAUACAUGUAUAAACAAUGACUGAUAUAACUAUAAUGGUCUUCGUUUUACCGCAGACUAGUUAAAAUAUUAACUAUAAGUGCAUAUUAAGCGUUAAUUAAGAGUUGUUUAGCAAGUUUUCUGAGAUUCAUUUAAGGAAAAAACAGUACAUGGACUGGACAACGGAAUGGACAAGAGAUAAAUAUUAAAUGUUAAAAAUAUUUUGAUGCGUUUAAAAUCAAUGUCAUAACACACGAUGCGUACCGUUGUUAUUCUAAUACAUCUGUGUAUAAUUUUCUAAUGUUCGUUGAAAAGUGAUAAUAAGGCUUCGGCCUUUGCCGUGAUAUGAAGAAAAAAAGUAUUUUUAAAAGAAGAAAUUCCUAAUCUAUACAUCGUAUACUACGAGAGAAAAACCAUACAGAAGUGCAAUAUCUUCACGUAGGGUACUUACAAAUAUAGUAUUUUUCAAUGUACAAGAACUGUGUAUAGCUCUACUUUAGAAAAAUAUAUUUUAGGUACGAGACAAAA